CUGGAGCAGGCUCAGCAGCGGCCGCCAUUUUGUGCAGUCGCCGGGAAGGAAGGAGACGCCUAAGCCGCGGCACUGCCGGCUUUACGCGUAGUUAAACCUACUCACCCUUUCUAUAACCCCGAUUCUCUGUGUUUUGCUCCCGUCUCCGACGAGAGAGGCGGCGACGGUGGCGUCUGCGACGGGAGACAGCGCGUCGGAGCGAGAGAGCGCCGCGCCUGCCGCCGCCACAACAGCGGAGGCGCCGCCGCCAUCGGUCGUCACCAGGCCGGAGCCGCAGGCCCUCCCGGCCAUCCGAGCCCCGCUCCCAGAUCUCUAUCCGUUUGGGACCAUGCGCGGAGGCGGCUUUGGGGACCGGGAUCGUGACCGUGGAGGAUUUGGAGCAAGAGGUGGUGGUGGCCUUGCCCUGAAGAAAUUUGGUAAUCCUGGGGAGCGUUUGCGGAAAAAGAAGUGGGAUUUGAGUGAGCUUCCCAAAUUUGAGAAAAAUUUCUAUGUGGAACAUCCAGAAGUGGCAAGGCUAACUCCAUAUGAAGUUGAUGAACUGCGCCGAAAGAAAGAAAUUACAGUGAGAGGGGGUGAUGUUUGUCCAAAACCUGUUUUUGCCUUCCAUCAUGCUAACUUCCCACAAUAUGUGAUGGAUGUUUUGAUGGAUCAGCAUUUUACUGAACCAACUCCAAUUCAGUGCCAGGGAUUCCCUUUGGCUCUUAGUGGUCGGGAUAUGGUGGGCAUUGCUCAAACUGGUUCUGGGAAGACAUUGGCGUAUUUGCUCCCUGCCAUUGUUCAUAUUAACCACCAGCCGUACUUGGAAAGGGGAGAUGGCCCAAUUUGUCUGGUUUUAGCUCCAACCAGAGAGCUUGCUCAGCAGGUACAGCAGGUGGCUGAUGACUAUGGCAAAUGUUCUAGACUGAAGAGUACUUGUAUUUAUGGAGGCGCUCCUAAAGGUCCUCAGAUUCGAGACUUGGAGAGAGGUGUUGAAAUCUGUAUAGCUACUCCUGGGCGCCUGAUAGAUUUCUUGGAGUCAGGAAAGACAAAUCUUCGUCGAUGUACUUACCUUGUGCUGGAUGAGGCUGACAGAAUGCUUGAUAUGGGCUUUGAACCCCAGAUCCGUAAAAUUGUUGACCAAAUCAGGCCUGAUAGGCAGACAUUGAUGUGGAGUGCAACCUGGCCAAAAGAAGUAAGACAGCUUGCAGAGGAUUUCCUUCGUGAUUACACCCAGAUUAAUGUAGGCAACCUGGAGUUGAGUGCCAACCACAAUAUCCUCCAGAUUGUGGAUGUCUGCAUGGAAAGUGAAAAAGACCACAAGUUGAUCCAACUCAUGGAGGAAAUAAUGGCUGAAAAGGAAAAUAAAACGAUAAUAUUUGUAGAGACAAAGAGACGUUGUGAUGAUCUCACUCGCAGGAUGCGCAGAGAUGGUUGGCCAGCUAUGUGUAUCCAUGGAGAUAAAAGUCAGCCGGAAAGAGAUUGGGUACUUAAUGAGUUUCGUUCUGGAAAGGCUCCUAUUCUCAUUGCCACAGAUGUAGCCUCCCGUGGGCUAGAUGUGGAAGAUGUCAAGUUUGUGAUCAACUAUGACUACCCAAACAGCUCAGAAGAUUAUGUGCAUCGAAUUGGUCGAACAGCCCGUAGCACCAACAAAGGCACCGCCUAUACCUUCUUCACCCCAGGGAACCUAAAACAGGCCAGAGAGUUGAUCAAAGUACUAGAAGAGGCUAAUCAGGCUAUCAAUCCAAAACUGAUGCAGCUGGUGGAUCACAGAGGAGGAGGUGGAGGAGGAGGAGGUCGUUCUAGAUACCGGACCACUUCUUCAGCCAAUAAUCCCAAUCUGAUGUAUCAGGAUGAAUGUGACCGGAGGCUUCGGGGAGUCAAGGAUGGUGGCCGUAGAGACUCUGCAAGCUAUCGAGAUCGUGGUGAAACCGAUAGAGCUGGUUAUGCUAACGGCAGUGGCUAUGGAAGUCCAAAUUCUGCCUUUGGAGCACAAGCAGGCCAAUACACCUAUGGUCAAGGCACCUAUGGGGCAGCUGCUUAUGGCACCAGUGCCUAUACAGCCCAAGAGUAUGGUGCUGGCACUUACGGAGCUAGUAGCACCACCUCAACUGGGAGAAGCUCACAGAGUUCUAGCCAGCAGUUUAGUGGGAUAGGCCGGUCUGGGCAGCAACCACAGCCACUGAUGUCACAACAGUUUGCACAACCUCCAGGAGCUACUAGUAUGAUAGGUUACAUGGGGCAGACUGCCUACCAGUAUCCCCCCCCUCCCCCCCCUCCUCCUCCAUCCCGUAAAUGAAACCACUCAAGUGGUAGUGACUUGACUUCAUUUAAAGAAAUGCUAUCUUUUUUUUUUUUUCUUUUUGUUUCUUUUCCUUUUUUUCCUUUGUUUUUUAUCCCAACUGUUGUGAUUUGUCUUUCAUACAGAUAGUUAGAAUUUAAUGCCAGGUUUCUUUUGCCCGCCAAAAUGACCCAGUCUGUAAUUACAGAUUUUGUAAAAAAAAAAAAAAAAACAAAACAAAAUAAAACAAAAAACAA